UCGACCCCGUGGCUGUUUCCACCACCUCUCUCUCUCUCUCUCUCUCUUCUCGCAGCUUAACCUGCGCUUCUUUGAGACGGACACAGACACCGGGACUCGAGGCUGUACACCUUACCCACCUUUCUGGUUUUUGGACUCGUUUGAUUUAUCAGCAGAUCCUGUGGUGGAGGGGAGGGUGGGGGUUCACAUUAUCCCCCACCGUGGACCGAGGAGUUUUUGUGCGUUUAUGUGUUUUACGCGUCGCUCGUAAUGGGGAAAAGUGGACAGAGAAGUGGAAUAGGACACCGGGGUUGCAGCUUGGCGAGGAUGUGCGCCACGCCGGGGAUCCUGGUUCUCCUGGUGCUCGUACACCUAGGAGUCACCCAAGUGAGAGAUGAUGAUGACUUCUUGAGUCUGAGUGAGCUCCCGGAGACCUUCCCCUCCGACCCGCCAGAGCCCUUACCUCACUUCCUGUUCGAACCUGAGGAAGGCUACAUUGUCAAGAAUAAGCCUGUUAAUCUCUACUGCAAAGCAACGCCCGCCACGCAGAUUUACUUCAAGUGUAACAGCGAGUGGGUCCAUCAGAAGGACCACACUGUGGAGGAGAGGGUGGACGAAAACUCAGGUCUGGUGGUAAGAGAAGCCAGUAUAGAAAUAACACGACAGCAAGUCGAAGAGCUGUUCGGUCCUGAAGAUUACUGGUGUCAGUGUGUGGCGUGGAGCUCUGCUGGAACCACCAAAAGUCGCAAGGCACAUGUCCGCAUUGCAUACCUGAAGAAGUCAUUUGAACAGGAACCCCUGGGAAAGGAAGUAUCUCUGGAGCAGGAAGUGCUGUUACAGUGUCGCCCUCCGGAGGGCAUACCAGCUGCUGAGGUGGAGUGGUUGAAGAAUGAAGAGAUAAUUGACCCAGCAGAGGACAGAAACUUUUACAUCACCAUCGACCACAACCUGAUCAUCAAACAGGCACGUCUGUCAGACACAGCUAACUACACAUGUGUAGCUAAGAACAUCGUGGCCAAAAGACGAAGCACUACAGCGACCGUUAUUGUUUAUGUGAAUGGUGGUUGGUCAACAUGGACGGAGUGGUCAGUGUGCAACAGCCGUUGUGGUCGAGGUUUCCAGAAACGAACCAGGAGCUGCACUAAUCCCGCCCCUCUCAACGGAGGACUGCCCUGUGAUGGACAGGCCAUCCAAAAACUCUCCUGCACCACACUGUGCACUGUGGACGGUGUGUGGACAGAAUGGAGUAAGUGGUCAGCCUGUGGGACAGAGUGUACCCAGUGGAGGAGGAGGGAGUGCAACAACCCAGCUCCUAAAAAUGGAGGAAAGGACUGCGAGGGGCUCGUACUCCAGUCUCAGAACUGCACCGACGGACUCUGUAUGCAGAGUUCAUUGUUUCAGAAGUCCACUGAGUCCAAAGAAAAGAGUGGUUUGGGAAUCCCAUCUGCUCCAAGUACAGAUGAUGUGGCGCUCUACGUGGGCAUCGUCAUCGCAGUGAUUAUGUGCCUGGUCAUCUCUGUCAUCGUGGCGCUCUUUGUUUACCGCAAGACACACCGUGACUUUGACUCAGUCAUCAUCGACACCUCGGCACUCAACGGAGGCUUCCAGUCUGUUAAUAUCAAAACGGCCAGAUCAGCUGAUCUACUGACAGCUCCUCCUGACUUGACAAAUGCGGCUGCCAUGUAUCGUGGUCCAGUGUAUGCUCUCCACGAUGUGUCAGAUAAAAUCCCAAUGACCAACUCCCCCCUCUUGGACCCUCUUCCCAACUUGAAGAUCAAAGUGUACAACUCCUCCGGUCUGGUCACACCACAGGAUGACCUCGGAGGGGACUUUGCAUCCAAACUGUCUCCUAAGGUAACUCAGUCUCUGUUGGAUAACAGUGACACCAUGAACCUCCGCAACCAGAGCUUAGCCCGAACACGAGACCCUUCCUGUACAGCUCACGGAUCCUUCAACAACCAGGGAGGACACCUCAUCGUGCCGAACUCUGGUGUGAGUUUGUUGGUUCCAGCGGGUGCUGUUCCUCAGGGUAGGGUGUAUGAGAUGUAUGUGACUGUGCACAGGAAGGACAGCUUGAGACCCCCGGUAGAGGACAUCCAGACGGUACUGAGCCCAGUGGUGAGUUGUGGACCUCCAGGUGCCCUGCUGACCAGACCAGUGAUCCUCACCAUCCACCACUGCGCUGACAAUGUCCAGGAAGACUGGCUCAUACAGCUGAAGAACCAACUGGCCAUGGGAGAAUGGGAGGAUGUGGUUAUAGUGGGAGAGGAAAACUUCACCACCCCCUGCUAUGUGCAGAUGGACUCGGAGGCAUGUCACAUCUUAACGGAGACACUGGGGACUUACUGCCUGGUGGGCCAAUCAAUUGGCAAGGCAGCUGCCAAGAGGCUCAAACUGGCUGUUUUUGGACCUGUCUCCUGCACGACUUUGGACUAUCACAUCAGGGUCUAUUGUCUGGAUGACACGCAGGAUGCACUCAAGGAGGUUCUUCAGAUGGAGACCCAGAUGGGAGGGAAGCUUCUGGACGAGCCAAAGACUCUGAACUUUAAAGACAGCACACACAAUCUGAGACUGUCAAUCCACGACGUGCCCCACACACACUGGAAGAGCAAACUCAUUGCAAAGUAUCAGGAGAUCCCAUUCUACCAGGUCUGGAGUGGCAGUCAGAGAACUCUUCACUGUACCUUCACCCUGGAGAGACUGAGCUCAGCCACCACAGAGAUCAGCUGCAAACUGUGUGUACGGCAGGUGGAAGGAGAAGGACAGAUCUUUCAGCUCAGCAACACUUUGGAGGAGGAGGUCCAGUGCAUAGACACAUCCCUGAUGGAUCCUGCCAGUAAUAUCACCACCUUAGUGGGGCCUAAUGCCUUCCGCAUUCCUUUAUCCAUCAGACAGAAGCUGUGUGGCAGUCUGGAUGCACCACAGACCAGAGGCAAUGACUGGAGAAUGCUGGCCCACAAACUCAACCUUGACAGGUACCUGAACUACUUUGCCACUAAGUCCAGUCCAACAGGGGUGAUCCUGGAUCUCUGGGAGGCCCAGCACUUCCCAGAUGGAGACCUAAAUGAACUGGCUGCUGUCCUGGAAGAGAUGGGUCGCCAUGACAGUAACCUCGCCUCCAUGACGACGGAACACUGACAAAGCAAAGCGGUUACCGAGACAAUGACAGAACGAUUACACGUGAAUUCUCUAUGGUUGGUACUGCAGCAAGGGCAAUGGAUGACUAAGAUGUGAGCAAAAGAAAAGUUGUUGCCAUGGUGAUUGAGCACCAGUUAAAUGCCAUGGUAAUCACGCCGACAUGGUAACAGACAGAACGAGAGGUGCUUGAGCUGGUGCUGGAACUAUGUGCGUAUCUUUAUAUGUGUAUUUGCGCGAUGUUGCAGUGUCAUGUGUGACCAAAGGAGAGAUAACCCUACCUACCACACAAACAGAGUCUAUCAGGAACAAACAAAACAUACACACGCCUAAAAAAAAUGACCUUGUCUAGUGUAACACCAGUUGUUCUCUUGCUGUUACUUUAUACUGAACAAAGACAAGCAGAGAAAAGGAAAAGAAAAAGAAGCAACGGAGGCACUGACCUUGAAAACCUCUGUAGGAAUGGAACAGAAUCAUAAAAGGAGAGAAGCUAAACUGAUUACAGAAGAGUGGUAGAAGGUAGAUUGAGGAAAGAGAGAGAGUGAGUUAGAGACUCUUUAGUAAGACGACAGUAAACACAGAAAGAAGCUAAACUGAUUACAAAAGGGAGAGAAGAUGUAAACAUAAAACGACAGAAGAAGCGGCAGGUGAUCAUCAUGGAAAACAGAUAAUGAGAGAGGGGAGAUAAAGAAGGGAUCCCACUCCUCUCCUGUGAGCCUUGGCUGUACGUCUUUGCCAGUACAGUUUGUUGUCUUUAUAUCGUUUCCUAGGGAACGCUCGAUGUAUUCUGCUGUCCAUAUGUGUGGAUCAUUUCCUGCUAAAAGAAUUUCCUACACAGUUGACUGUCAAUCAAGGAUCCUGACCAGAAACAAGCUUGAGACAACAGGUCUCCCUUUUUGGCUAACAAAACAUCACAAGUGAUGUUUAAACUAGUGUUAGAAGUUUGUGGCUUUCUUACAGAAAGAUAUUAAAUCAUCCAAGUCACAGGAAAUCUUGAAGCACUAAGUCAAAGUCAACUAAACUUGCUCUCCUUUUGCCUUGUAAAUUGUGCAUUUAAUUUUCUUGAAAAAGCCAGUCCAAAGAUGAUUACAUUCCUGAUGGAUACAAAAAGUUUUGUUUGUCAAGUUUGGUAGUGUAUGGUUGUAACAGAUGAGUGAAAAUGUUUGUUUUGAGGUAAGCAGAUAAACAAGGCGAAGAUGCCGACUGUCAGCUAUUUAUUAUAUUUAUGUACAGUAUACUAUAGUACAGUAUGCAGUACAUUCAGCACAGUCAGCAUUAAUUUGUUCUAGAAAUGUACAGAUUCUUGUUCAGGAAAACUGUUUUUCCUGAGCAAAAAUACAUACAUUUCAGCACUUUGGAGGUUCACCACAAGCCACUGCAAAGAACUGAAUCUCCAAGCUGCAACAGCAUCUCAAACUAAAAUAAAGUGUUACCAUAUUAUCUGCAGUAAUGCUGCAGCUCUGUUCCUCCCCAAGGAGGAGGAGUUGUUUGGUGAUUCCAGCCUUCACUACCACAUUUGAUUGGCCACAACUUCGAAUCCAGGAGUCUCGCUGAUAGACUGUCAGGGCUUGUUUCUGGACAGGGUCCAACUUGGAGAAAAGACAGAAGAAGCAAAAAGGGAUGAACUAGAAGUGAAAACACAAGUGUUUUUAAAUGCAGGAAUAUACAAAGUACCAUAGUAAAUAGUGAAUUAAACACAGCUGAUAUCAUUCAUUUCCGCUAAAUGUACCCAAAUAUACUGAUCUUAUCAUUCACAUUUUAAUUUUCUAAAAUAUAUAUAUAGCCUACAUAUAUAUAUAUAUAUUUCUUUCAUAUUUUUGGUGUCAUAUCAUCACAGGAUGUCAGUAGCCAUCAGGUCGCAUGUGAUUUCAUUUGUGAUCACCACCAUGACUUUGCUGGUCACUAGCACCAUCCAGUGGCCUUUGAAGAAAAACAGCAUUUUUGAUCGUUUGAAACGUGUAAAUACAUGAUUAUCAUGUUCAUCCUAAUGACCUUGUAUUACCAUAAUAUUUUGGCUCAGUGAUCAUUAUUGUUUUAUUUACAUUAACAUUUUUUUGCCAUUUUAAUGUUUUUAUAGACGUGAUGUGUGGGGGGUUAAAAAAAAAACUGUAAUAUAUCAGUUCUUUUUUCUCAAACAAUGUUCUGUCAGCAACUAACAUUCCAACUCAUGGUGUACUUGUUGAAAAAUCUGCAAUUCAGAGCUAAAAAUCAAGAUAAUAACAACAACAGAGGGGGAUUAUGUAAAAUGAAGUGUAAUAUAUUUGUGUUGUGCAGAACAACAUUGUGAUCCAAGGCUGGCUUUCAAAUGUAUGCACUGUCCUCGGACAACAGUGUCUGAUGAAAAGGUGCAACUCCAGUACGCAAGCUUUGAGGAACGAAAGACAGCCUUAUUCUUAGUGGCUUUUGAAUUAUUGUCUGAUGCCCCUGAGGACAUGAACUCUAUUCACCAUGUAAAGGACAGCAUGAACAUUCAGUUCAAAGAAAACACAUGUAAAAUAUUCAAAUACUGGAGUUUAGUUAUUUCUGCUCUGAACUAUGGAGAGACGCCAUAUGAAACUGAAUAUCAGGUAUGUAGAGGAGAUACUGAGGAGGAUAUUGUAAAGAAAACCAAGUAGGCAGAGGCUGCGUUAACACAAGUACAAAAGGUCAGAUUUUUAAGCGAGUUAUGACAGAUUUCGUCUUGUUGCUGUCCACACAGGAGGAAACCUUGAAACAUUGAUUUUUCACAUUGAUUUUUCUUUCCUUGUUCAGUCGCUCAGAAAUGUGCGAAUUAAGAAUCAGACCUCUUGUAUCGGCGUUAAACCAGGCAUAGUACACAUGUACUCACGGAGUCCUCAAAAUAUGUAUGUUCUGAUUUCGGACAGCCUUAUGAACCAAAUUAGAAAAGGUAUAUGGAUAAAUGACAGAGUGGAUGUUUUGUAUGUUUUCAGAUGUAACUGCUGAUGUCAGAUGUGAGGAAAUCCAAGGGAAGACUUGUGUACGUUUUAUGAGGAUAAAAGCCUAAAACAUCAACUCAUCAGUUCAGUUUGUUUCAGAACAAAACACAAACCCAAAGGUGAUGACAGUGUCGCUUUCAUACAAUGUGAUCAUCCAUAUCUCUGACUAACUCUAAGGCAGAACUACAAGAUCUAUUUUUUAACUGAUGAACCGUGUUCAAGGAAACAAUCAGUUAAGAAAUGGACAAAGUUACAAAUUACUGUGUAACUUCAUCCAGAAUUUGAUUCUUGCCAUGUUCUAAGUCUACAGUUUACCAGCAGGAUGGACUGUUUGUUAAUGAAGUAGACUGAAAAAGGGAGUUUCCAUAUGACGGGAGAACAUGUAGGCCUCCAGAAGGUGAUCCUUCAUGAUGUGAAAAUGAAGAAAGUAGUGUUAAGAUAUCAAAGUAUGUAAAAAUAUUUUCUAUCCACAGUAUGUACAGUUGUGUACUGUCAGCUAUAUUUGGCAAAUUUCAGAAUAUAAAAAAAGAGCAGUACAGUUAGAUACUAGUUUGUAUGUUUCAAGUUUUUUAUUUAAGUUUCUUUCCUUUUUUGUAAAAGCAGUGUCUACUAUGCAAACUUGGCAUUGGUUAUCAUGAUAGAAGUCUAUAACUAGAGCUGUCCUUGUAAGUGCAUUUUUAUUUUACUAUCAGGAGUGAUUUGAUUUGAUUAGUGCGAGGUAGUGUUGGUCCAUUUUAGCUAGUUCUGGCACGCUUCAUGAAUCUUGCUCAACCUUGCUGAAUGCUCGCCUCUCUAUCUCCUCUAAUUGUUUUCUGUACAAAGUGUAAGAAAGAAUUUUUAAGACAAUUAAUAAAUUAUAUUUAUAAGCAAUGCUGAAAAUGUGUAAUGCCUUUGGUGGCUUAUUUCAACAGAAUUUUUUCAGGGAAUUGUCAUACGCUUAU